AUGAUCAGUUCAAGCCAGAUCGAGGAAACUGAAGAAGAAGCUAGAAAUCUGGAAAUGCUGAGCGGCGGAAACCAGUUCAUCGUCCAAUUCGUCGAUUUUCUGCCGAUGGAAAGACCGGACUGGUUCAAGCUCACUUCGAUUUCGUUUUUAGUCAUGGAGUUUUGCGAACUUGGAAGCUUGAACGACUGGAUCGGGCGAAGAAAACAGCAAGGGCGCUGGACAAGCGCGGAAGAAGUGUCGUUGAUUGGCGCCCAGAUCAUUUCCGCGCUGGCUUUUUGCCACUCCAGGGACAUCGCGCAUUUGGAUGUUAAACCGCAAAAUGUGUUCAUCAAGGGAGAUGGCAUUACUAUCCGGGUCGGCGAUUUCGGAAGUGUCAUGCAACUGAGAUCGAUUGAGGCGACGAUUCAAGGAACAAGCACCGAUGCAAUCAAGAAUACGCUGAUUUACACUCCUCCAGAGUCGUUUACCGAACCACUAAGAAGAUCUGCUCGCCUGGAUGUUUGGGGCUUCGGCCACAUCAUUCAAGAACUUUUGACUUUUGAGCACGCUUUUUGCCGAGUUGAUGGAAGGCCAACAAGAAAUCAACGUCAAAUAGUGAACAACAUCUGCGAGAACAAGCGAACAAAAUUGUCUCAAAUCCGCAGCGAAAGCGAAGAAUUCAUCGACUUCGAAAUUCUUCUCCAAAAAUGCCUGAAUCCUCAAAAACUACUUCGCCUCGAAAACGCGCUUCAACUCCGUGGCGAAGCGAUCUUUUGCGAGUUUUUGGAGCGAAUCGAAAGCGGCGAAGCUCCAAAUGAAAUCAUUGCUCCUCCAGAAGAAAUCAUCAGGAGACUGAGGGAAACCAAUCAGCAGCAGGAGAGUUUGAUUGAGGGGCAGAAGAGGAGGAUAAGCGAGCUUGAGGGACAAAAUAGGAAAUUCCUCGCCGAGAUCACGAAACAGAAGCAAAAAGUGGCAGAGCAAGAAGAAGACCUGAAAAACAUUUUGGCUGAAAACGAGCGAAAAAAUCAAAUUGAAGAAAAUUUAAAAAUUGAAAACGGAAAUCAGAAGAAAGAAAUCGCGGAUUUGAAGAGAGAACUAGAUGAAUUCAAAGAUCAACGACAGUCGGCUGCGAAUGAAAGACAACAAGGAGGAGAAUGUGAUUUGAGAAGAGUUGCGUCCCCAAUUGUUCAGCCAUUUGCGAGUUGGCAGAAGUUGGAGGUCGCGGAGAAUGGAUGGAAUCUCAAAUUCCAAGGUGGUGGUGGUUAUGGAAGAGAUGAUGGGCAUCUUCUCUGGAUCGGAAACAAAGACGGCGGAGUUCGAUUCAAGGCCGUCGUGCAGGAGAUUGAUUAUGAAAAUGGAAAAGAGCUUAGCAGAGGAGAGAUUAGAAGCGAGCCGGAUGGGCAGAAGCAGAAAAUCAAAUACAAUACAAUACAAGGUUAUUUUGGCGAUUGUUUUGUAAGAUACAACAUAACUUUUUCUGUAAAAUCAACAAUGUAA